AUGGUUGACAAUGUUAAGCUGAAACACCAAUCAAUUUUUAAGCUCAAAAUCUUGGGUGACCUCAAAUUUUUUCUGGGUUUAAAGCUCGCACGCUCUAAAGAUGGCAUCUCCCUUACUCAGAGAAAGUAUGCGAUAUCGUCAUUGGAAGAGACAUGUUACUUAGGAUGUAAGCCUGCAACCACGCCUAUGGAUGUGACUCUGAAACUUCGAGCUGGUGAAGGUGAUCCCGUAUCUAACCCAUUCCACUAUAGAAGAUUGAUUGGCCGCCUCAUGUAUUUGACUAUUUUCAGGCCAGACAUUACCUUCGCCGUAGUGAAAUUGGCCCAGUUUAUGUCUGAUCCGCACCUUCCCUAUAUAAUAAAAGAGGGGAAAAAUCACCAAAAGAGAGAAAUAUAUAUCUAUAGAAAUGGCUCGUGCAGCUAUUUCCGUGGUGAUGCUUUGCCUCUUUGCUCCGAGACUCCACUCAAGCUCGCUCAGUACUACGGUGUUGGUGACAAGGUCUUCCAGUACAACCUCAUCAGCGACAGCCCCGCUGAAUACAUCAACAAGAUCACCGUCGCCCCUAAUGUCCUCAACGCCACCUUCAGGGAUUUCGUUGAGAUCGUCUUCGAGAACCCCACCGUGUCCGUCCAGUCCUACAACCUUGACGGUUACUCUUUCUUCCUUGUCGGCAUGGAGGAAGGAAGGUGGAGCCCAGACAAGAGGGAGAACUACAACCUUCUUGAUGCUGUGAGCAGGCACACCGUGCAAGUGUUCCCUAACUCAUGGUCCGCCAUUUUGUUGACAUUCGACAACGCCGGAAUGUGGAACUUGAGGUCUGAGAAUGCCGAAAACCGCUACUUGGGACAACAGAUGUACGUUAGCGUUUUGUCACCUGAAAAGUCCUUGAGGGAUGAGUACAACCUUCCCCUCACCCAACAAGUCUGCGGUAUCGUAAAGGAUAUGCCAGUUCCAGCUCCAGUUUAUCACUAAGCUAUUAUUUCUUACCAUUAUAUUAUACUAGGUGUACACUAAAAU